AUGCCAACCUCUUCCGCUCUCUGUGCUCCGAUCCACGUCGAACUGCUCAAUUCGGACAGUUUUUGGCGGCUCCGCGCUCUUGGAAAUGAGCAAGUGGUGGCCCCGGCUGGACGGUGUUUCUUCCCGGUCCCCGAGUUCAGUGUGUCCAAUUUGGACAAAACGUCCAAGUACAAAAUCGGAAUGUUCUUCCGUGGAAUCGUCGACAAGGAAGGUGUUUCGCCGCAAGACUCGAAAACCUUCCACCCCUUUCAGAAUUCUGUGGAAUCUGGAAACUUUUGGAUGAAGAAUCCGUUCGCGGUCAACGUCAAAACGACGAAUAACGAAGCGUCGACGGAUGAGAGUUCGGUGAGUUCGGUUUAAAGAGAACAAUAAUUCAUGUUUCAUUUCCAGGUGUACCUCCCGAGUCAAUGCAAUUACGUGCCCGUUCUCAAGGUCCAGAAGGUGGAACACGAUGAGGAUGGAUUGCUCGUUCCGAUCGGAGAGCCCGAGGAGUUCGCAUUCGACUGUGCUGAGUUCCGGACCGUCACCAAGUACAAGGUAAGUGCUAAUAGUAGGAACUUUAUAAAGUUUACAAAGCUUUUCAUUUCAGAACAAAGAAGUGGCCGCGUUGAAGACAAGGAUCAACAAGUAUGCUACGAACUGCAGGCUGACGGGUCGGAAAAAUAAAAAAGCGCUCAAGACAGCGACAGGAGAGCAAGUUGGAGCCACGACUGGCCCUUCAGCUCCAGUUCCAUAUCAGCUCAAUUUGAUGACUAUUCCGGUCCCGCAUCUCUACUCUCCACAAGUUCCGUACUAUGUACAUGCACAAUAUCCGAUCGUCAGCUGGGGAAAUGUCAACGGAGGAGUCUAUCCGCACAACUAUCCAAUGUUUUAG